UGCCAAUCACUGCCGCCCGCAGCGCGAGCCCACCUUUUUCGGCCGCUGCCCCGCCGCUUUCCGUUACCAGGGUAACGACCGGAGCUUCGGCGUCCGCUAUUACCAUGGUAACAGUAAGAUCUGGCUUCUUGGCCCACAGCAGAAGGUCAGAAGGUGGUGGAGCGCAGUGCGGAGCAGACAGGGACAGGCAUGGCCAGCAGUGAGGAAGCAUCUCCUAUGAAGCUGGAGGCGGUCAUUCAGCGCCUGGAACAUACAGUCCUCAAUCCAGAAAAUGCAGCUGAAGAGAGAAUAUUGAGUGUUCGGAGUGCGGAGGGCGAGAAGGACACACUCACUCCCGUACCUGCCCGAAUCCGAGAAAUUAUCACCCAGAAUCUGAGUGAAGACUCAAGCCAAAGAUACACGGACCCAUAUCCUGAUGUCAGUUUGAAGGAGGAAAACAGAUCUCUGCAAGAUGAAUUAUUUCGCUUGAAAGACUUGCUGGCAAUAACCCGUGCUGAACGCGAUGACCUUACCAUAAAGAACCAUGCCAUAAGUGAGAAGCUGGAACAGCAUCAGACACAAAGAUCAGAGGAAAGUGAAGCCAUGCUAGAUUUAAAACAUCAUUUUCAGGAGGAGGAGAUGGCGUAUAAACGCAAGUUAUCCGCUUACCAGGAAGGACAGCAGAGACAGGCCCAGUUGGUGCAGAGACUGCAAAAUAAGGUCUUACAGUAUAAGAGCCGAUGUGGGGAAAUGGAACAACAGCUCCUCGAGAAAACCUCAGAAAGUGAGCAGCAAAAACUGUUGUUACAGGCAAAACUAGAUUCAGCAGAAUCUACUCUCCACAGAAUAAAUCAAGAUCACAGCACGGAGGUUAAGAACGCCCUCACAAGGCUGGAGGAAGAGCAGCAGAGGAGCAGCAGCCUAGCUCAGGUUAAUAUGACUCUGCGGGAGCAGAUGGAACAGCUCAAGUUAACAAGUGAUAAACUGACUGAAGAGAUGCGGAAAGUGACCACCGACCUGCACAGAUCACAGGAUGAGUUGGAGCAGCGAGAGUCUGAGUGGGGGAAAGAGAGAGAGACAUAUACUUCAUACCUGGGCAGUGAGCAGAGCAAUAUAAUGGUCUUGUGGCGGCAGACAGCAACACUGCGCGGUCAGUUUCUGGACAUGCGUGCUAUGGCAGAGAGGGGUCUUGCUGAAAUGAAAACAGACAUUUCCCGUAGUUUACGCCGCAUGCACACAGCCUGCCUGAAUUUGGACUCAAACCUCCGCCUUUCCCAGAACGCUGCUGGGGCACCUCUUCAUACAACUCGUCUGGAACAGCAGCUCCGAGACAAAGUGAGACAGAUGAUUCAACUGCAAGGCCAGUGGGAUGCUGAGAAAGUGGAACUGAACUCCAGAAUCAAGGAGCUGUCUACGAAAGUUGACAAGCUGAAAGAUGAGAACAAUCGGAUGGAGAAGGAAAAGCAAAGACUAGAAAGUACUGGCUGUAACACCUGGCAAGAGCUGGAAGGUGUCAGAGAGGAAUGUGAAUCACUGCAGCAGAUCUUAAAUACCAUCACUCAGAUGUGUCAAGCAGAUACUCUGCCCGAUACUGUGAAUACAGAGGUAGAUGGGAAUGCUGCUGAUGAAAUGGGACGUUCUGUAUCUCCAUCCAGCAGGAGAUCUCCGACUCGUAUGCGUUCACCUCAUAGACAAGACACGGCCAUUAAGGCAGUACAGAGUUCUCUACAGAGACGCCGGGAUAGAGAGAACGAGCUGCUCUCUGAAUUGGCGAGUGCACUACAGUCUGUGGAGGACACCAAGAGGCAGCUGAUGGAGAGUCUGCAGGAUUCAGAGAGAAGAGGACAUGAGUUAAAAAGGGAGAAGGAUGAGAUCAGUAAUCUAAUGGAGAACAUAAAACAAGAAUCUCUGAGAUGUCAGUCCAGUCUGGAGGCUCUAAAGAGAGAGAAAGAGGCAAUAGAAGAGUCUUUAGGGACAGCAAAACAGAGGACAGAGGCAUCCCUGAUGGAGAUCGAACGACUGAAGGCUGUGAACACAGAGUUACUACGGCAAAGGGAGGUUCUGGAAGAGCAGAAGGAGGAAUUGAGCAGAGAGCGAGAACGUAACCAGAAAGAGCUGGAGAGAGGGCAAAGGACCCAAGAGAAGUUGGAAGAAAAAGUUUCAAUGCUAAAGAAAGACCUGGUUACUGUCAGAGAGAGCCUGAGUCAGAUGGCACUUGAAAGAGAUGUCCUGCAAGGAGAGAAAGAUGCUGUAUCCAGUGCUCUAAGCAAGGCUGAGUCUAACAGAGCGGAACUGGAGCUGGCUUUAAACCAGAUGUGCAGUGAACGGGCCUCAUUAAACGACUCAUUGGCCAAAAUGGGUGCAUUGAACGAAGGCUUAGCCCAAGAUAAAGUAGCCCUGAAUCGUCUGCUUUUACAGCUUGAGGCUGAGCGCAGCGCGCUGCAAGAGGAUAGGCGUGUUAGCGAGGCUAGCUGUGCUGCAUUGAGGGAGCAACGAGAAGCACUGGAGCUUGAGGUGUCUCAGCUGCAACCAGAACGAGCCAUGUUGGAGCGGAGGUGCCGGGAGAUGGAGGAGAAGCAGCAGAGGACUGAGGAGCAGCUCCAUGGGGUAUCCAGGGAGAGAGCCAAGUUGAAGGAGCAGCUUGCACAGGCCAAUACAGUAGCACAGACACUUCAAGAUCAGUUGCAAGAAAAUCGAAGGGAAUUGGACAUUCAAGCAUCAGCCUUGCAGCGUGCAGGACAGCGCAUUGAAGAACUGACCAAUCAAAAUGCGGAGCUUGGCGUUCAGGUAGCAGCCCUGGAGGCGGAAAGACAAGAGCAAGAAGAUGAAAUUGCUGAUUUGCGGGCCCAAAAGGAAUCUCUAGAGAGCGCCUUGUAUGAUGCACAGCGCCGGGUGGCACAGCUGGAAGAUCGCAAACAGCAACUGGAAGGAGAGAUUCACACACUAAUGCUUGCUAAACAAAACCUUCAAGCUGAGGCUCAACAACAGGCCCUGGAGGCGGAAGAAGCCACGGCUGAGCUGCGGCAGCAAAAGGUCAAAGUGGAGCUGCAACUAGCACAAACAGAGCAGACAGCAGAGAUAUCUCUGAGUAACCAGGCCCAGCAGCACCAGGAUUCUAUAGAGCGGCUCAAGCGAGAAAAGGAGUCAUUGCUGGUGGCCAUGAUGGAAGAAAAGCAGGAGGCAGUCCAACGUAUAGAGAAGGAGAAAGAGGAGCUAUUAUCCGAGUGUGAGAACAUUAAGCAGAAGCUGAGUACAGAGAUUGUUCGCUUGCAAGAAGAGAGGGAAGAAAGUUUGCUCCGAGUGGAAAACGAGAAACAAAAGGCUCUGCUCCAAAAAGAAACUGAGAAGAAUACUUUGAGUGAGAGGCUGACGCAGACCCAAAGGGAGCUUUCUGACACCAAACUGGAGGCUGAGAGAUUUAGACGGGAAGCUCAGAUUAGGAAAGACCAGGACAAGGCAGUGCUGGACGGGGUCUCUUCAGAACUGAAAGCUUUGCAAAGUGAGUUUGAAGCUGCUGUGUCAGCUCAUUACAAAGAGAACAAGAGUCUAUGUGAACGUGUUAAACAACUGAGUCAAGACAAGGAAAACCUGACCAAAGAGGUGGAGGAGCUGAGAACCCAGCUGCGCUUAGCAGAAGAUGCCAGAGAUGGGUUGCGAAGGGACAUCAUUGAAAUUCAGCGCCUGCUGCGAGAGACAGAAGAGACAUGUGAACUACAGAGAAAGGAAGCUUUAGAGUUGCGCCGCGAUCUUGGCGACAUGACGCGUGAAAGAGAAACUCUGCAGAGAUCUAACACUGAACUCAGAGCAUCUAUCAAGAAAACUGAGACCGAGAGGAGCAGCCUGCAGAUGGCCAUAGAAGAGAAGAAUCAGCGCUUAGCCGUAUUACAGGAAGCCAAAUCUUGCAGUGAGCGGGAGGCGGCACAACUGAGAACUAGUUUGCGUGAGGUAGAGCGUUCACACAUUGAAGCCCGCAGACAGCUUCAGGAGCUGCGCAGACAGGUAAAAACACUUGGAGGAGAGAGCAGUCAGAAGGUGCAAGAAGUGGCUGAACUUCAGGCCCGGAUACAACAGGAAGAGCAAAAAGAGCAGCAGAGUCGAAGGGAGUCUCUUGAAUUGAGACAGCGUAUAACACAGAGCGAGGCUGAGAGAGAGGCUGCUCGCAGAGAGAUUUUGUCUUUGCAGCAACGUUUUUCAGCUUUAGAGUCAUCAUCUCGCCAGCGUGAGAGAGAUUUUGAGCAGAGGCUAAGUGAGAGUCGUGCAGGAGAGCAGCGUCUGCAGGAAGGAUGCAAGACACUUCAGGAGCAGCUGCAGCGGGGAGCCACAGAGGCGACCGAUCUAAAACUGAAGCUUGGGGCUUGUGAGACUCGGGUUCGAGCUUUAGAAACUGAACUAAAUCGGGUCCAGGCAGGCCGCAGGGAAGCGGAAACCCAGCUAAAUAGCCUACACUCAGCUCUGCGACGUACAUUAGGAAUCAGAGGCCGCAGCCCCUCACCUCAUAGAGGAAUGUCUCCCAGUAAAGGUCUUGACGGCUCUGUGAGCGCUUUCUUGGAUGGACGAAGGACACCAUGUUCACGAGGAGGGUCUCCUGACCGUAGUCGUUCUCCUUACCCAGAAAUUGAACCUGAGGGAGUGAUUGCAGCUCUUAAGGAUUUUCUGCAGGAUUUAAGGGAGACCCAGAGGGAGAGGGAUGAGGCUGGCAUACAGAUUGUGUCUCUACGCAGGCAACUGGAUGACAGCGCUAACCAUUGUGAGAGGUUGCAGAAUCAGCUGCAGAAACUGCAGAGGCAGCUGACCGAGCUUCAGGAAGGGCAUCAGAAAAUGGAGGAGCGUCUUGGCACCGCUCAUACAGAAAUGCGUCUGCUGCAGGACAACUUGCAUCAAGUGGAGAUAGAGCGACAAGCAGCAGGAGAGCGGGCCCUGAAACUGGAGCACAGCUUACGUGUCAGCGAAGAUGAGAAGAGAGACCUACAGGAGCGACUGUGCCGGGCUCGUAGUGAUGAAGGCAGGAAUGAGCUUGAGUGCAAGAGCCUAAGAGAAGUGCUUGAAGCCUCAGAGAACCGUGGUACUGACCUGGAACUAAGACGACGCUCUCUGGAGGGUGAACUAGAGAGGACGCGCCUCUGUCUCGCAGAGAGGGAAGCAGAAGUGCAGGCACUGCAGGACAGAGCACAUUCUUUGCAGGACCACCUAAAAGAGAGUGAGGAUAGGGAGGCAGCUCUGCAGAGGGAGGUGCAGAGGUUAAGCUUUGCAUUGACCAAGGCACAGGAUGGCGAGCGGCAGCUGCAGGAAAAGUCGCAGGGGCUGUCACAAGCUCUUGGAGAAGCAGCAGCUGGUAGAGGGAACUUGCAAGAUGAUGUGAAUAGACUGCAGGGAGCAUUGACGGCUGCUGAGCAAGAUAGACGAGUGUUACAGGAGCGGCUGGAUUCGGUACGGCAGGCAUUGAGUGACAGCAAGAGACAGAACUCACGUCUUACACAGUCAGUACAGGAGCACCAACAGCAGCUGGGAGAGCUGCAGCUAACCUGUAGGGAAUAUCAGGCCAGGUCAGAGGAGCUGCAGCAGGCUCUUAUCAAACACCAGCAGAGGGAGAACGAACAGGGUAUUGCACUUGUUGAGCUGCAGGAAAAAGUGAAGGCGCUGCAAGGAGACAAGACACAGGUCGAGAUCGAUAAACAGGACAUUCAGCAUUCUGCGACUCUUCUAGAGAAAGGGAACAACACAUUGAGAGCAGCUCUGGAAAAGGUGAAACGUGAGCAGCUGCGUUUAGAAGGGGAGACGCAACGACUCAACAUAGAGAAGGAGCAACUAAACCAAUUGGCAAUAUCCCUGAAGAAAGAGCUAACUGAGGCACAGAGACAGAAUCAAUACUUGGAGACACAGAUGACAGAGCUGGAACGCGCUCAUUCUCAAAGGCUUAUGGAAAUCAGUAUGAGACAUCGUCAGGAACUGGAUACAGAGGGUGAAAGAUUGCGCAUUACUCAGCAGCAGGCGGAAUCUACACUGGAGUCUAGAGAAAGAGCUCAUAGACAAAGGAUAAGGGGUCUGGAGGAGCAGGUAACCACACUACAAGAGCAGCUCGACCUGGAGGUGAAACGUAGACAGCAGACCUUGCGUUCUGCUCAUUAACAUCUACCUAACAUGGACACAAUGAAAGAAAUGACAUCAGAAUGUAUCGCAUUGAACUACUUGUAGCCAGAAUUGUCUUCUCUCCGAAAAGUCACAGGUUCCUAUUUGUACCAUGCACAAGUUAUUUGGUAUUCAGCAACUAAGGCCACUACAAAGCAUUGUCAGUAUAGAGGGAUUAAUCCUCUUUGAGUUUUUGAUCUUUUGUCAUAAAAUAUAUUUUAUGUGCACUAAAGUCAUAAAUGUAUUAUAGGGGGAUAUUCUUUUCUGGGGCAGAUUAAUAAUCACAUGAAAAGAAUUUAUAACCAGGAAUAAAAACGCUAUCUCGGCAGAUUGAUGUGCUCCUUUGAUUCAGCUGAGUUUUACUUUCAGUAGUGGCCCAUGAAAUAUUACAGUAGAUAACCUUUGUAUUACAAACUACACUUUGAAGAUAGGCAGAUGCCACCUACCCACAGCCAACAGCACAAUGACUACAGCUUAAGAUGUUUCUGUAGGGGGAUCAGUACAUUUGGUGUGUUUUUCCAUCUUCAGGUUUUCUGAUAUAGUUGUAAAUGCCAAAAAUUAGAGAUGAGUGAACUUACAGUAAAUUCGAUCCGUCACGAACUUCUCGGCUCGGCAGUUGAUGGC